AUGCCUAAUAUUGAAUUCGAUGUUAUCCAAGCGCAAGAUGUUGAUAUCCGUGAAAUAAGCCAAGAUGAAGACGAAGACCAUCCUAUGAAUAUAUUACAUGAAGCAUUGACCAUUCGCGGUGUAGGCAAUGUAACACUAUUUGGAUUAACUAAUAGAUUCGAGGAAGAAUUCCCUCCAGGAUUACAUAGUAAGGUUGCACCAGAAGAAUUUAAAGCAACAAUCUCACGCAUAAAUGACAUUCUACAAAAAAUGCAGCCAACGAAUUUAAAAUCGUUCUUCUGUGGAUGUAUAUGUUGUUGCUGUACAUUGGGGUGUUCUUUAUGGCCUGUUAUUUGUUUAAGUAAACGUACUAAAAAUGCCAUUGCCAAAGCCUUAGACUACGAUAAUAACCAUUCGUAUCACAAGCUUGGAUUACACUGGGUAUUAAAAAAAGUAAAGUGCGAUUCCAGUAAUAUGUUGGAAUAUGUAUUAUCCAUUGAAUACAUACCUAAGAAAAACUUAAUGAAACCUGAUUAA